AUGAGUUUAGCAACUAUUGACAAUAUCAUACGUGGAGCACGGCUUCAGUCGUCUUCAAACGACUCGAGUUAUCAAAAUUUUGUUGAUCGUUUAGUUAUACCGGGAAUGGUACUAGAAUUAUCAGGACCUUCUGACAAACAUGUGUCUUGGUCGGUUGGUCCAGGUCUCGUUUGCGUACCAAUGUCCAGAUUGAAUAAUGGCAUAGGCAAGCACAAGUUAAUGGACUCAGUUUUAGUGAGACAGUUUGGGGUUUUGAAAUACAAAUCUAAAACAGUGGGGAAUUCGGAAUCACUGAAUUCAUUCAAGCGUUUAAAAUCCAAUAGUUCAGCAUCAAAUGUGGAGGAAAAUUUUAUUUGGCUUGAGUGCCUAAUUUCCACUGGUUCAGUAACUACAUUGCUUCCACUCAGUCGUCUCUCAUACCGUUGUCAUGUGGGUCAAUUUCAAAAAGAGGACAAAGUUAUCGGUAUUGUAACAAAAAGGGCUGGUGAGAAUUUCGUGGUCGAUAUUGGUUGCCCUUCUCCUGCUACUCUCAAUUGCCUAUCCUUUGAAGGUUCUUCUAAAAAGAACCGUCCUGAUAUUCAUGCAGGUGAUGUUCUUUAUGCAAUGAUAACACGAGCUGAUAGAGAUUUAGAAGUCGAAUUAUCUUGUACAGAUGAAGCGGGUAAGGCUUGCGGAAUGGGAAUUCUUGGUCGUCAUGAGCCUGGAACAGUUGGAAAUGCUGGAGGUCGAUCUGGUGGCAUAUUAUUACACUGUACUCAAGACUUAAUCCGACGACUCACUAAUCAAGAUGAAUUUCCUCUACUCCAACUUCUAUCCAAGGUUUAUCCUUUUGAAGUGUUCAUGGGUGCAAAUGGACGAAUUUGGUUAACAGCUAGUUCUGCCAGGGAAACCAUGAUUUUAGCGAAUGCAAUCGCCAUUGCUGAACACAUACCGGCCAGUGAAUGUUGUCAGUUAGCUAAAGAGCUUUGUUAA